AGCUGAGAAAGAGCCCUGCAACCCGUUCAAUACUGUCAUCGAAGGUUGCUUCUCGUGAUCUGGGGAUUUCGCCAUGCCUUCAGAUUUUACCUGGCCGAGGCAGCUUCACUGUUAUGUUAAGUCCGCUAAACUAAAAGCUGCCAGCGAAGCAAAAAGAGAGACAAAGAACUCUGGUCCCACGCAAUCCAAGCAUGCUACAUCCCUUUGGGUCUGAUAGAAUUGAUGGAUCACUGAGAACAAUGGACUUGGACCAACGUGAUACCUUACUUGCAAGACUGCAAAGAACAUCACUUCAUACCUCCACGCAGAGAAAAUCCUUGAUGCAAUAACGGCUUUCUCUCUGAACGUGGAGGACGCAUUGCAAUUGACUUCCUCAAUGUGAUCUUGACGACGUGCACUUGAGUGUUUCAUCAGAUGUCCCUCCCGGUGUGGCUGCUUCGUCACGGGUAGCUGCAGAAUACAGUCGCUCCUCGAUUUGAGAUCCAGCUCAGAUUACACUUGGAUAUCGUUUCAAUUGUAUCAAAAGGAGUUCGAAAGAUGAAACAGAAGGCAGAAUGCAGGUAUUGCUCAUUUUGGUAACACUUCUCCACCGAGAGAAGGGCAGCCGCAUGGUUGUGUCAGCUCUCAGCCUCGUCAUACUGUUGGCCAUGGCAUAAUGUUCCAAUUAGUUUUACGACGUUGUCGGCAAAGGCUCGGACUCAUGGUAGUCUUCUGCCUGGGGUUGCCAUGACACUAGCGCGGCUCGUCCUCCACCCCUAAACAAAUAUCUAGAUCACUUCAGCAUUGCAUCUUGUCAACCGCAUCACCUUCUUGCAUCUGUCAGCAUACUUCUAAACCUCAAUCUUGAUGUCAAAGCACAAUUGUAAUUUCAAAAUCACAACUCAGCAAAGCGUCAACAUGAUUGCAACGCGUCCUCCAGAUCCGCACUUCUGGAAGCGGUAUUCAAUCAUAUUGCUCUUCCCCCGCGUCUUCCAGGCUGUCAGGAUGCAAUAAUUGAGGGAGUCGAGCGCCAGCUGAUCGACAGACUCCUUGUAGCGACCUGCCAGUUGGCUGCGACGCAGACAGACAAUGUGCUGUUGCCACUCCAUCGCUCUCUCGAGGUAGCCAAGCGCGUCAACGCGAAUGGACGUCUGACGAAAUCAACACUCCUCAAAUCAUUUUCUGAGAUCUCUUUUGGGUAGGAGAAUAUAGAUGUAUUGUUCGCCGUCCUCCCUCUGCGGGAGCACCGACUUCAUCAUCGCUCAUGUCCGAGAGCAGAAUGCCGCGGUAAUUAUCCGUAGACAGCAAAGUACUUCACAUGGUGAAGAAGUCUUGUUUGAAGUAUUCGAAGUAUCUGCUCUAUCCGAUGCUGUUCUUGCUGCCAAAUCGGCAUUGCAAUGGGACUUUCCAGGCAACGCGGUUGCGAUUCCUCUAUCAGUCUUUCAAGAUAUCAACUUCCAAGAACAGGUUGCCACUUUUCUGGAGCGGGCAAGCCUAGAGUCUAUCAAAUGCUUCGGAAUUCGGGCUCAUAAAGCUGGUACAUCCACAUACGAAAGCAGGCAGACCGUUAACCCCACUGCCAUUUCAGAGCUGCUGAUGACAAUCUUGAGCGGUUAUGGGCGCCGACAAUUCCCCACCUUGACUCGCAAACGCGUUCGAGACGAGGUAUCCUACAGCCCUGGUGGAGAAAAACCUUGGCGACGCUGUCCGUUGUGGUUGGCACUGCGUGUUGCCAUACAACGACAUCUGUGCUUGACUGUUGACAGCCAUUCUGGCCGGCUUCUUUACAAGGUCUUAAUAUGCCUUGUGCACUCCCAACUGCUUGAUGACUGUCCAUCGAUCGACACACUCGGACAAACUUAUUAUAGAAGCUUUGAGCUUUCGGAGCACCUGAAGACCAAGCUGUGCCGUCGUAUCUUGAAGCUUGAAGUGGAAAAGGAAGAAUACACCCAUGAGCAGAGAGCACAUUUCAAGGCAACUUUUCUUGAGGUCAAAGGAAUCUUCGAAAUGUCUAUCGAGUCGGCUAGUGCGAGGACUAAGUCAGCUUUUGAAAGGUUCAAUGGGUCAAAAUAUAGUAUUGACAAAAUUCAUCACAAAGCUCCAUGGCACGCAGUGUCUCUUACACUAAAGAAUAGCGACCCGUAUUUGGGAGGUUUGAUGGGUGUUACCGGGAUUCAUAAUGCUCCGCCUCCACUUGUGUCGUCAUUCAGCUUACCAGAGGAAUACCAAUUCGCAACAGCGAGCAAGACGCGCGCCAAUAUCUUCAAUACGCGCUAUGUUGAAUUGAGCAUUGUGGAAGAAGAAGCAAUUGGCAACGGAUUGAGCAUGCAGCUGUCGCCUUUGCGUAGUCUAGCACUGCCAGCGAACGAACGAAUUGACAAUAUUUCCCUACGCAUUCUGAAGUAUCUUGAGGAUGUAGGCGAUGCCUACGAUGGGCUAACGGAACAAAAGAGCACCAUGCUGUUGAACGUCAUGGACCUAUGGAGAGAGAUGGAUACAUGUGCAACUCGCUCAUACCCUCUGUUGAAAGAGUACGUCCCAGGAUUUCCGACCGAGAUCUUGGAUGUUCUUCAUGUUUCACGACGGAAAGACAUGCUACGACUUGAGAAGAUCAGGAAUCACCUGCGCGCUCGCCACGCAGAAGCUACUCAGUCCGAACUCACCAUCUUUGCGAAUCCACAGGAACAUUGCUUCGCAGUCCGGUACUACGAAGAUUCGCCUGACAGUCAACUCUUGCAGCGUCUGCACCAAGCUAUUGAGGCAAAAGGCCGUCAAAUGCAACAAGAAAAGGAGAGGGAGUUGCGCAGUAGGCGAUUGCGCUUCGAGAAAUUGAAGAAGCAGGAGGAAGAGAUUACUAAGUGUAAUGAUACAUUGAGGACGUUUGGCAAGAUCGUUAUUGAGGAGCACAUACCUUACAGCUGCAACAAGUGUAGACUUUCCAACGAGAUUAAGCGCUUUUCCAUCAGAGGCCAUGAACGACCCCUUCCAGAUGAUGCGAUUCAAGCCAAGGUCGCAGUCUUCGAGCUAGGCUGUCCCCAGGCGUUCUCUGUUUACCGAAAUACAACAUGGCAUAUUCUGAGUGCCCUCGCACUUCCGAAGCAAGUCCCAUCUUUCAAGCCUUCUGCCUUUCUUGAUCAGUAUUUGAAAAACUUGGGCUUCGACACAGAUGAUAUGUCCACUCAAUUUUGCGUUGCGUCAACAAAAAAGCCAUGGCCAAAGACGCAUUACUAUACUAAUAAUUUCCCUGUGGACUUAAACGAUAUUUGCCACCCGAAUGGUAUGAGUUUCGAGUAUUUUGACAAUUUAAAAGGCGUUUGGGCAGGCCGUUUGGAACUCACACCAAGCUUUGCUCAUCAUUGCCGCAUGGAGCUCCCAGCAACUUCACCCUUCCCUACACUAUUUAAGACCACUAUGAAACAGCGUUCAUCUUACCAAAUUAUUGCAAGCCAAACCAAUUGCCCUCCUGGAUUGAACAGCAACGAGUUCCUGGCGUUUCAGGGUCUGUUUGGUGGUGAAGUUCGGAGAUGGCCUCAGCUGUUGAUCGAGCUGGCAUCAUCCAACAUUAAUUUUGGAACCGAAUCAACAACGGUACUGGUGAACUAUCUCACUCUUCACGUCGGACCGCAAGCCCUGGACAAUGAGUUCGGAAUUAUCCAUGCAGCAUUCGACGAUCAGUCUUUCUGUGAGCAACUGCUACACCAACUGAACAAGCGAGUGGAUGCAAUUAGGUCCAAUUGGCGUGAGGUCAAUUGCAUGGAAUCUCUCAUUACGAUGGGCCUCAGACUCUUUGAGCUGGGAGCGAACACUUUCAAAGGCGUCGAAUUUCUCGAGCGAGCACGCGCUGUCACCAUUGAAUGGAUGACAACGCUGAAAACCGAAAUGCUGCUAGCAACAGACGCUUCGACCUCGUUGAGGUAUUCCGAAUAUGCUUUGUGGGCUGCGCUGCUGUGCAGAAGAACAUUCUGCAUUUACCUCGACCGCCGAACAGCACUUGAGCCAGCUAUCACAUGCUCUUUCAUCGAGAGCUCAAUAAAUAUGCAGGAUAACAUUAGCAGUGACCCAUCGAAGCUGCAAGGAAGUUUAAAGGCUGCUUAUACUCGCGACCGGAAGAUGUUGUCGGACUUGCGAUGGCUUCUGCAAGAUUCUGUCGAAAGCAGCCAGAAUAGUGUCAUGUCUCUGGUAACCAGCUUGCUGCCAGCCAUCCAUGGUACAAAGGCACAUAGAGUGUUUGGGUUUGAGUUUCUUCCGCAUCCGAAUGCAUGGUGGAUUCGAAUGCAGAUCGCAGCCACAUCUCAGAUCUGUCAGCAAGAUGUCCACUUCAAUUACCUCGAAGGUGUGUUGCUCGUGAUGGGCAAACCUGUUGGAAAAUUGCCCCCAGACUGGAGAAGAUCUGUAGUAAUGCAAGAGCUAUUCGGUAAUCAGAUGCUACUGACGCACCCAUCUCGGAUGCCCGGUAUGACAUACACGCUUCUGCAUCCAGUUUAUGGCCAUUCUGUCCACCUUGGAUACCGUGGAAAAGAUCUCAUUGUAUGCGCUUGCAUUGGGAACAUGAUAUUGGAACAUAUUCCAAGACGCAUCUUCGGCAAACUCGACAGUUGCGAUCUGCCUGCCUUUCUUGUGGAUAACUGCACUCACUGGAUGAAUCUUCAGACCGGAGUCAUCGAAAUUAGACCCAUGGGACGAACCUGGAUUUUAAACCGCAACAACUGGCAUCUGGAUUAUCGUCACCGUGAAGCAAAGCGAGCUUACCCAUCACCGUCUACGAUUGCCCGGUAUGAUACACUUAUUGAUCCGCAUUGUAGACUCUUCGGUCAAAUCGCCAAGAUCUUCGAGAAUUUUGAAGACCCACAAUAUUUGGCAGUCUGGCAGCCAGUCUCGGGUAGGUUGACAGUCCAUCUAACUCGGUUAGAACUUUUGUUCUACGUGAAUAGUCGAGGUCGUCUCGAAUGUCCGCAGUUGAGCUCGGAGGUUGAUCCAGUGCAAGAUAUCGGAACAUGGCAUGGGCUAGCAUCUAGGCUUGUUCUUCGAGAGGUUGGAAAAGAAAAAAAUCGAGGCAAGGAUACAUGGUCCUCGGUUUCCCUUCGCCAACGAACGGUCCUCGUGUGUAUGGGUGCCUUUGAAUACCGACGAGAAGGUCCACAUAUCAGACUAACUGCUAGAACGGGGAACACAUACGGUAGAUACGUCGUUAAUGAGACCCUAGGACGUUUGGAAUGUGCUGCUGAGCCGCGUCUUCUCUAUCUGAAAGCGGCCUUACAUGCAUACACAUCACUCCCGAUCCCCGACGCCCUGACUGGUCGAACCGGCACAGAAGAGGCGAUCCACUGCCUCAAGUCGGGUUACUGUCAACCCUGGACUCCAUUGACGAUGAAUCCAUACCAAACUUUGGCAUCAAUUGCAAAACUUACACCUCGAAGAGAAUACUAUCCGGCAAAUCUCAAAGUCUUGCAAUCAUCAUACUGGGAUGACCAUCUGACGACCACCAUUCAGAACGAUUUAUACAAGAGCAUUGUAGACUCUAUUUUGAGAAAAUCAUACAGGCUCACUUCAUUUUCUCCGGAUAGCGUUGAUCUCCCGCUCCCUGAUCCUAUCACAGAUAGUCACUUGAUUCAACGAAGUCAUUUGAGAAGAAGCACUCAUCAAAGACCUAUGUCCACCGCGACAAAGUCGAUUCCAAUCGAAGACAUUGUGUAUGAUUCCAGGGAUCAUCUUGGUUCCAGCCAGAGUCGCAUGAAUGUUGUUGAAUGUGUAAAGCUACUGAAGACAUGGCCUUCCCAACUCUCCACUACUCGUGAUCUGAUGGGCAUGAUUCAGCAAUGGGGUGACCUUGAAGGCUGUGAAGGAUCUUGGGAUCGAAUCCUGUUGACUGAUAUGCUGAACUUGAAUUGGACGACGGAUUGGGGACCUCUCGCCAAUCUCUGCCGAGCUGCUGGCCGACCAGAUGUCUACCGUCUCGUGUUCAUACUCUCUACCAUUUCGUUUGGAGAACAAGUUGAUAUGGAUGCAGUUCGAUGCCUGAUUGCAUUUUCCGUUUUGGAGAAGCUGAAGGCCUUGAAACCCCCCAAAUUCUCAACCUACGUUAAGGUCAAGGAGGGAGAAAAACCUCGUACUGACGACAUCCUCGGUUGGCUCAAACCUUAUCGAAGACCAUACUUAGUGGAAGGAAAGUCCAUGGCUGGUCCUUCGCCUUCGCACGCUGUGCGUCUAACUUUGGUCGAUUUGGAGCUGAAAUAUAAGCGCGACCAAGAAGAAGAUGAGAAGAUUCUGGCUAAAUUUCUGCUCGAUCAAUGGCCUUGCGAAAAGCCCACCAUGGACGGCUUCAUGCAAGGAGCUAAAAUUUACCUCGAAAAGGCCCUGCCUUCUCUUCAACCAAAAUGGCUCCAGCUAUAUCAGAAUCUUGAGCUCUCCAAGUAUCUCGCCCAAGCUCAACGUAUCCUGGAUUGUCAUCGAAGCGAGAGCUAUGAAAUUGGGUAUGCAGCUGUCAAUACUGAGGAACAAGAUGUAUUUCACAUUCCGAGACGGAGACAUGACGAGUUUCUACUUGGUACCAAGUUGCUCCGAGCUCUGCCAUGUGUUAACGGAAAACUUGAGGCUGAUUCAAUGUCUCUCGACUACGCAAUGUUGACAAAACAACCACUAGGAAUCUGUCAAGCUCCUAUACAGAGAGAGAAAUCUCCGCCAGUUUCAUCAACCAUCCAAGAGCUACAAGAAAUUAUCGCAAGUGCUUUUCAAUCUGGAUCAGACGUCCGACAAGAAUACAGUGACGAUCUUGCUCGUAGUGCACAAGCGCUACAGAUUGCGGAAGCUGAGGCUGAUCCAAAGCCGAGCCCUGUCGAUCUCGGAACCCUUGACACUGCGAUUCAAGAUGGCGAAGAACUAGUUCAAAAGCAAUUGAGCCGAAUUCAUCAUAUGCUGGAAUCAGUCUCCCCCGAUCAAGUGUACUGGCAGAAGCAAGGUUCUUUGUGGCCUCCAACCACACCCGUAUCAAUUCUGGAAACUUUACGGUCGACCUCACAGCUUACCCUCUCGACAAACGUCCGGACCGAGCUUGUUCGCUAUGCAUUGUCUAUUACAUCGCUGCAAAGACUGCUACGGAUGGAAGACGCUUUGCGGAAGAACAAUACACAACGUCUGAACGAUGAACAGAGAAACACUGGUCAUUCAAACUGGAAACCUUCUGAAAACCCUGACUGGCUCCUGCUUGAAAUUGAUGCGAACCUCCUCAUUCGUCCUGGACAGAUCGAUGUUGCAUUGGCCACAAUUAAGCCCGAAUCUAGCAUGAACUCUGUUCUCCAAAUGAACAUGGGGCAAGGGAAAACUUCGUGUAUAAUCCCCAUGGCUGCUUCCGUACUUGCUGAUGGGAAGAAUCUCAUGAGAGUCAUAGUCCCAAAGUCACUUCUGCUGCAGACGGCUCAACUUCUGCACAUACGACUUGGCGGUCUCAUCGGCAGAGAGAUAGUUCAUGUACCAUUUUCUCGAAAGACGCCCACUGACGCAGGCCAAGUUGGAAUCUUUCGCCAGCUUCAUGAUAACAUUCGCAAGGGUUCAGGCAUCAUCAUAGCCUUGCCUGAACACAUAUUAUCAUUCAAGCUAUCCGGACUCCAGCGAUUAUCAGAUGGAAAGACCGCUGAUGCAAAGGCAAUGAUAGAAACUCAGAGUUGGCUGCACAGAUACGCCCGCAAUGUCAUCGAUGAAUGUGACAGUAUCCUUGCAUUGCGUACCCAGCUUAUCUACCCUUCUGGAACACAGAAGGUCGUUGAUGGGCACCCGAUUCGCUGGCAAGUUGUGCAAAUCCUCCUGUGCCGCGUGAACGGUCACCUUGAGAAUUUACGUCUCCAAUAUCCCAAGAGCAUCGAAGUACUUAGAAGAGACCAAGGUGGAUUUCCGAUUAUCUUCUUUCUACGCCAAGAUGUUGAGAAUGAACUUAUCUCACGUCUAGUCGACGACAUCUUCCAUGGCAGGACUUCGAUAUUCCCUCCCGAUUGUACGGUUUUGGACCGUAACGCCAUCAAAGAGUUCAUAUCGGAGCCAAAGAUUGCAGUAGAGCUAUCGAACUCCGUGAAAAAUACGUUCAAGGACAAGCCAGCCUUGCAGCAAGCUGUGUACCUUCUGCGAGGUCUCUUGGUUCAUCGGAUUCUUCUAAUGGUCCUAAAAAAGCGAUGGAAUGUCCAGUAUGGGUUACAUCCUUCCAGAGACCCCAUUGCAGUUCCGUUCCAUGCAAAAGGAAGACCUAGCGACCAGGCGGAAUGGGGACACCCAGAUGUUGCAAUUGCGCUCACUUGCCUCGCAUUCUAUUAUCAAGGUCUUGGCAAUGUUCAUCUUCGACAGACGCUUGAGCAUAUCAAUCAAGUUGAAGAGCCUUCUCAGGUUUACUCGUACAUUAUGCAAUCAUCUAGGCUACCUGAUUCUCUCAGAGAAUGGACUGCGAUCAACCUUGAUGACAAAGACCAAUUGCAGGAGAUCUGGAGUCACGUUCGCUACAGCGUCGAUGUCAUUGACUACUUUCUCAACUCCUUAGUCUUUCCUCGUCAUGCGAAGCAAUUCGAGGUCAAAUUGCAGGCGUCCGGAUGGGAUUUACCCCUGUACGAGAGACCCAUCACUUUGGACUAUCCCACAGCAAGAACCACUGGAUUCAGCGGCACAAAUGACUGCAAGAGAAUGUUGCCACUUACUGUCAAGCAGCAAGAUCUUCCAGGUCUCUCCCAUACGAAUGCAGAAGUCUUAACAUAUUUGCUCGAGAAGAGAAAUCGGCUUUUCAUUGCGGCUGCUGACAGAGGUAGACACAUAUCCGAGUUUCAAUUGCUCCAGAAGGUCCGAGGAUUACGGAUCCGAAUCUUGAUUGACGCAGGAGCACAGAUUCUGGAGAUGGACAAUUUGACCCUUGUCAAGACCUGGCUCAGUAUCGCACCCGAAGCUAAAGCUGCAGUUUUCUUUGACUCAAAAGGAGCCCCGGUGGUUGUUUAUCGGAACAACUAUGGCAAUCAGAUCCCCCUCGCAGCAUCUACUUUUGCUGACGAUUUGAGCGAAUGCCUUGUCUACAUUGAUGAAGCACACACCAGAGGAACUGAUCUGAAGUUACCAGUUGAGGCAUGCGGUGCCUUAACUCUAGGGCUAGGCCAGACCAAGGAUCAUACAGUCCAAGCUGCGAUGCGCCUUCGCCAACUGGGAACCUCACAGUCUAUCGCCUUCUUUGCGCCACCAGAAGUGUGUCAAAGCAUCAAUGAUCUCAGAAGUCACGAACGUCGUUGGCUUCCUAUCGACUCUCAUGACGUCGUUCGCUGGCUCUUGGAGCAGACCUGUCGUGGACUUGAAAUUGUCCAGCCACUGUACCAUUCUCAAGGCAUGGACUUCUGCCGACGAAUCCAAGCUUCUUAUGAAUUUUCUAGAUAUCUUGAGGAUCCAAGUGAUAGGGUAAGCUACCUGAACUGCCUGUGCCAAAUCGAGCAGCAAACUCUGGAGCAGCUCUAUCGCCCUGGUGCAAAGUUCAAAUCAGCCUCCCUCUCGGUAAAGACUUUCCAUCCGCAGCUCAAACGCUUUAUGGAUAGGCUGAACGAGGUUCGCAAGUCUUUCCAGGAUACGGGAGAUGCAGUACACAGUUCCGCACUCCAAGAAGUCGAACAAGAGCGUGAGGUCGCUCACGAAGUCGAAGCCGUCCGGGAAAUUCAAAAGCCUGUGCACUACGAUCCUUUAAAAUAUCCUGGACUUCACAGAGAUCUGGCCAAUUUCGCAAAGACAGGGAAGAUGAUGCCUAACUCGGAUGCUUGGGAAUUGGGUUUCGCUGCUUUACGAAAAUUUGCAAUUGGUAAGAGAUAUGGUAUUUCUUGCGAUGGAACUUCUGGGCGCCUUUACGUGUCUAAGGAGUUCAUGAACACUGUCAAUGUUCCUUUGGCCAAGAAGGCAUACGAGAACUUUCAGCGUAAUGUUAACUGGAUCCUGUGGAGUCCUUCUGUGGAGUGUGCUAUCUUGGUCAAUCCAGAAGAAGCCGAGGAGCUACUGCUACUGCUCAAGACUAUUCGUGCUCCAGCAGCUCAUAUCCUUACUUACGCAGCGCCUGUCAACCGAAAGAUGUCGCACUUCAACUCCUUCGGCUUUUAUACUGUACCAUGCUUACCGCUCAAGUGGGAAGCACCAUCUUGGUUCUCAAUUGAAGUGGGACUAUUUGCGGGCCGCCUGUAUUUUUCAUAUGUUGAGUACGCCUCAAUUCUUGCUUUCUUGGGUGUUCAGGAGAAGGGUAAGAGAAUUGAGGAAGCCCACAGCGAUGAGGAUGAUGUCGAGGUCAAGACCUUUGCCAAGAGACCGCUUUCUUUCCUGCAGGACUGGCUUGCACUAAAGCGUCGUGGUCAGGACUUCUCCGAGACCCCCAUGGGCUAUGUCGCUCAGGGCAAGCCUCUAUUGGAGACUCAUCACUUCUUCCGUCAGCAAGAAAAUGGAAAUGAAAAUGAGCGAAAUUCAGCUCCUGACACGAAGACAACAUUUGUUGAGGUGGCAACCGUAGAACAGGCGAAUGCGGAGGUCUACUUUGAUGAAAUGGAGCAAGAGCCUGUACAUCCUGAUGAACUAGAUGUGGGCGAUGUCGACGAGGCUGAGUGACUUGGAGGUCGACGAUUUGAGGCAUGGUUGGGGGCCUUGUGAGUUCCACUCAAGCUUUCCAGAUGCUGCAAUGAGGCAAUGAAUGUUGAGAUAGAACGUAUAAAUGUAAUAUUCUUUGAAUUUUAUGGCUUGUGCAUUGUGAAAUGUGUUUUUAUCAUUAAUGCUGCUUCACAAUGGCCGCCGGGUUCACGUCACCCAAAUAUGAU